CACAUCCAUCGUCGUGCACUACGCAUGUCUUGCAGCCAACCCUAGGAAAGAGUCUGUCCAGCUGCUGGCCAUAGCGUCCCUGCCCACAGACGGAGAGUGAACCUGACUGGCCUCUGCCGAUUGGUUCCUAGAGUUACGCCUUUAUGUGAACCCCGUACACGCGCAUUUCCUUCGUUUUUAGGGCUGCCCGCCUUUCCCAGUAUGGCGACUUAUGUCGGACUACCGGAUGCUCGCUCGAUCGCGAUCCCUGCUUUAGGAUCAGACGCCGUCGGCUUGCGCCCGUGCGCUCUCCCCUCGCCACGUCGCGCGUUGCCCUUCACCUCUGUGCCCCCCCGCCCCUUGACCGCAAAGCCCCGCCCGUCGCUAAAGCCCGCGGCGCAGUCGUCCGCGCCCUCGGGCGGGGAGGGUGGGGGAAGCGGGGGAGGUGGCGGGAGCCGGGGACGCGACGGCCUGCGGAGAGGCGUGGGGAGGGCGUCUGGCGGGGCAUGUGGCGUGUGCGGCGCCCAAGGCUGCGUGUCGUGCGCGGGUCCCCCGCUGCCGUCCUCGCGCUUCUCCCAGGCGCGCAAUCUGCCCAAGGGCGCGCGGAGCGCGGGAUGGGGCGACAGAGAGCUGCAGGGGGAGGGGCAGGGGGACCAAGGACAAGGGGGAGCGCAGGUGCAGGGGGAACAACCGUGGCGGGGGGAUGGCGCGCAGGGGAAAGCGCUAGGAGCAGCAGAAACAGGGCCAGGAACAGAUAAAGAAACGGGGCCAGAAGGAGGGAGAGGAGGAGAAAGGGCGAGGGCAGCAACAUCGCAAGCAGACGGGGAUAAGAACGAGGAGAACGCACACGUGGACAAUGCACUGCACGACCUGCCUGCCAGCUGGCACUGGCUGGUUGGGCAGUGGGCGCGAGCGGGCGUGCACUUGUCGCGCGUGCGCAGCCAGUGGGGCAGGCUGGUGUUUGGGUCUGCGGCAGAGGAGCGCAUCUGGACUGUGCCGUGGCAGGGGGACACCAUCUUCCAGGUCAUGUUCCUCUGGUUCCUCGCCUUCUGGCUCAUCGGCUCGUGGCUCGUGCCGCUGCUAGCGCAGGCACUGGGGCUGCGGCGGGCGGCCAUGUCGCUGCGGGCGCACGCGCUGUACAGCCUGCUGACGGACCUGGCGGAGAUGACUGUUGGCAUCGCCAUCCUCAACCGCUGCCUCACGCGCUUCCAGCCCCUGCCCCCCCACUGGUUCCCCGUGCACCUGUCGGGCCGCUGGUACCUGCAAGCACUGCUUGCCUGCUCCUUCUUCCCCUUUGUGCAGCUGCUGUCAAAGCUCAACCUCCAGCUGCUGCCGCUGCCCCUGAAGUUCCAGGCCACGACGCACUUGGAGCAGUCCAUUCACUCGCACGACCCCAUUGCCACUCUGCUCUAUGCCAUCGCUGUCGCUGUGUGUGCGCCCGUGUGGGAAGAAGUUGUGUUCAGGGGGUUUCUCCUACCAUCCCUCACACGGUACUUCCCCCUGUGGGCGUCGGUGGUGGUCAGUGCGAUGGUGUUUGCACUCGCGCACUUCUCCUUGCAACGCAUGCUCCCUCUCUUCUUCCUCGGCCUUGUUAUUGGUGUUGUCUUUGUCCGCUCUAGGAACUUGCUAGCCUCCAUCUUGCUUCACAGCUUGUGGAAUGGAUUUGUAUUUCUAGAAUUGCUAUUUUAGUUUACCAGGUUUUGUCAAAGUGUACAGUUGGUCUAGCUUACAAUUGGGGCUGCUGCAUGUGAGUGAAUGCAGCCUAUAGUAUUGUUUCUAGGAAAGGGACGUAAGCAUGUACGCAGAGUACCUACGGAGGGAUGAAGAAAGAUGGUUUGUAUCC